UCAACCCACAAAUGACUUUGGGGAGGACAGCACCUGCCGUCUCCUUUCCGAAAAAAACCCCCCAACAUCACGUCAGGACGCGCAGUACGUGGGGAUUCCUGAGGAUUACCCGGCGUGCCCUGCGGGGAAAGAUGGCGGCAGAGGAGGGGAGAAGGAGAUAAACUUUAUCUGAAAACAGAAAUAGCCGAAACGCGGAUAGACACCAACAGCGAGAUUGGAAACUCGAGGAGAGGUAUCAGGUGGUUAGAUAGGUAGCUUACUGGACACACUGUGUGCAUUUACGACACUGAUCAGGAACGACUGGAUAACUUACAAGCUACAGCUAGCUUGCUAACGUAACCGUAGCUGCUACUGCGGUGUCCGCUCAAGAGGAAAAAAGCGGAUAAACUUUAUUAUCCCGCACAGAGUCCGUAUUGAAUUUUGCGUCCGCAGGGUGUGACUGGCAGUGAUUGGAGACUGAAGAGGUCAUCGAUAGCCCCGAGGUCACAUGCCAGCGGAGGAGGGGAGGAGAGGAGGACUGUGGGAUUGAGUUUCCCCCGCCUGGAGAGAGACCGGCUCACGGGGAUGAUUCCCGAGCCACCGACGAACACGCUUAAGGUCGUCUGGCUGAGAACCUGUGGAUGAAGAAAGAGGGAUUUUGGGACUGACCGGACCGCCUCAACGCCAGGAUGACCAGCGCCGCCCCCGCCAGGAAGCCGUACCGCAAGGCGCCCCCGCAGCACCGCGAGGUCCGCCACACCCCGCCCGUGUUCCGGGAGGACCUGGCGCCCGCCGUGCCCCCCCCGCCGCCGCCCCCGCAGCCGGAGCCCUGCCAGGAGUCCUUGUGCGAUUCUGACAGGAUCAAGAUUCUGCAGCAGCAGAACGAGGACCUGCGGCGGAGGCUGACCCACACCACCCACAAGAUGGAGGCCAUGGAGACCGAGUUCCAGUCCAGCCGCCAUUUCAUGCAGGCCGAGAUCGGCCGCUCCAAGGACGACCUGGAGAAGAUGAGGGACAAGUUUCGGAGAUUGCAGAACAGUUACACUGCCUCUCAGAGAGCCAACCAGGACCUGGAGGAGAAGCUUCACGCCCUGGCCGCAGUCAGUCAAACCUGGGUCUAUGCACUCCGCAAGGUGGAGAGGGACAAGAAGACGAUGGACCAGGAGAUAGUGGAACUCACCAACAAACUCCUGGACGCGAAGAACACCAUCGACAAACUGGAGGAGUUGAACGAGCGCUACCGGCAGGACUGCAACCUGGCCGUGCAGCUGCUGAAGUGCAACAAGUCGCAUUUCAGAAACCACAAGUUCGCCGACCUGCCCUACGAGCUGCAGGACAUGGUGAACAAGCACAUGAAGACCAGCCUGCCGGACCGGGGCGCCCAGGCGCAGGACCCGGACUCCCUGAGCCUGACGCCGGCGGACGUGGUGCCCACCUCCGUCAUCGCCCGCGUGCUGGAGAAGCCGGAGCCGCUGGUGCUCAACUCGGCCCAGUCCAGCAGCAGCGCCGGCCGGCCCGUGGCCGAGGACGUCUUCGUGCACGUGGACAUGACGGGCCCCCCCCCCGGGGGGGAGGGGGGCGGCGGCGGCGGCAGCAGCGGCAGCAGCGGCCAGGAGAACGGGGGCCAGGGUUUGGGUCUGGGUCGGCAGCUCAGCCAGGACCAGCAGCAGCAGCUGCUCCAGCAGCAGAACGGCAUGUCCCGUAGCCAGACCAGCCUGGACGGGCACUCUGGGGAGGAGGGGGGAGGGGGGGGGGGCCCGGGCCCGGUCGCCCCCUCCUUCGAGAAGCUCAACCCCUACCCCACCCCGCCUCCUCCCCACCCCCUGUACCCCGGGCGCAAGGUGAUCGAGUUCUCCUCCGACGACAAGGUGAAGAUCCCCAAAAACAGCCCCCUGCCCAACUGCACCUACGCCACGCGGCAGGCCAUCUCCCUCAGCCUGGUGCAGAACGAGGAGGAGGCGGUCGAGCGGCAGCGCACCGUGCCCAACAGCCCCGCCGUGUCCGAGGGCGGCUGGCGCUCGGGGGCCUCCUCCUCCUCCGGCGGGCACCCCCGCGGCCCCCCCCAGCCCGACGCCGCCGACCCCCUCUCCAGCCAGUCCAGCCCCUUCAGCAGCCCCCCCCAGGCCCCCAGCGCCUUCGCCAGCUCGGGCAGCUCGGAGGAGGACCUGCUGGCCAACUGGCAGCGCAUGUUCGUGGAGAAGAUGGCGCCCGCCUCGCAGGGGACGCUGGUCAGCCGCACCUCCUUCAGCAGCGAGACGGUCAAGGACCUGGAGGGCCGGCAGAACGGCAAGGCGGGCGGGGACCGGGACCGGGACCGGGGGCUCCACCGGGGGGCCUACUCCGACGGGGAGGAGUCGUCCCCGCAGAGCUGGACGGCCAGCCGGGGGUCCAGCCUGGACACGGACACGGGCAGCUCCGACCUGCGCGGCCGCAAGGCCCAGUACGGCGGCGACUGCUCGCAGGAGGAGAGCGAGCGGCUGCUGAUGGGCCUGGACCCGCUGGACGACGGCGACAGCUGCGACACGGCCGUCACCGUGGCGACCGCCCUGGAGCAGGCCGGCCCCGCCGGCCCCGCCAGCCCGGCCAGCCGCCGGAGGGAGUUCGUGGACGGCGGGUCGGCGGGAAGCUCCGCGGAGGAACGGGACGUCCUGCCGCAGGACUUCCCCGCCAUUGCGCCCAGGGCCCUGCCGGGCCUGGAGGACUUCGCCGAGAAGCCGCCGCCGCCGCCGCCCCUCGCCCAGGGCCCCGCCCGUCCCCAGAAGAGCCCCAAGAGGAUGGGGGUGCACCACCUGCACCGCAAGGACAGCCUGACCCGGGCGCAGGAGCACGGCAACCUGCUGGACUGAGACCCUGGCCCCGCCCACCCCUGGCUCGACCCGCACUCCCUGUGAACCGUCAGGAGGGGGCAGUGUGACUGCGAGGCCGUCGCCGUCUCUGCAAAAAACGGCCUCGCUCUGCAGUCUUGUCCUCCACCAAUGGGGCCUCGAGAGCUGGCCUCCAAAAAAAAAAUCGUUUCUCACAGAAUCGUGACCGGACGUUGAUUGUAAAAGAGGGUGGGGGAAUUUUUUUCCCUCUGCCCAUUCUCCCGAACUGAUCUUUUUAAGGUACAGAACCUUGUUUCAAGUGUCCUAUGAGAUUUAAUAUCCGAAGGAACUGAUUUUUUUUUGUGUUUUGAAAAUGCCCUUGAGAAGACCGGUGAAUGGUAAUGUGAGGGGGGGGUAAUGUGACUGUGUUCCGGAGGGGGCGGUUGACUCUCGGGCGUGGCCGUACCUUGAUGUGUUCCCCUGAGCACGCUGGGAUGGAGGAACGAGGAAGAACAGCGGGGGCCACUUGAGGCGUGGUAACCUACGCUCGUCCGAACCCCAAAUCCUGACUGCGCAGCGCUGAAGAGAAGCCAGGUGGUGGUGAGGGCAUCUUGUUUUUCCUACAUUUUCACGUGCUCAUGGGCGUCACCCUUGGGGAGUUUGGUGGCACACAGCCUCUGUAUACCGUAUUCAACCUCUCUGUGUUCCAGAAUUAGUUUGGUGGUGGGAAAAGGGGUGGUGUGAGGGGUGGUUUUGGGGGGGUGGUUGGGGUUGGAGAUUGGGGGAGGGGGUGGGGGGUGAGGUGAGUGAGAAAGAGAACGACGCUCCUCACCUGGGUGGCAGGGCCUUGUGUGGGUGAGUCACCUCUCGCGUGCGGCGGCAGCAGUCGACCCUGUCGCAGUUUACAGAAGGGCCUUCUGUGGACCCUCCCGCUCACUCUCAGUGCCUGUCUCUCUCUCUCUGCGUCCGGGAGCUGGAGAAGACCUAAAAAAAACAAAAAACCAUCUGUCUCCUACUCCGGAGCCUGCUGUUGUCGUACAUUAACUCCUCUGAGUCUCUGAAACGCUCAGAGCUCGAAUCCUGCUCACCUCACUGGACAGCAAGCAAAGCAAACGAUGCCACCUGCUCCCCCAUAAAAACAAAAACACAACAAACAAACAAAAAAAAAAAAACAUUACCGCUGCACUUCUGGCCCUUUUAAAACAGAACACUAUUUUACCCUUUUUGCUCCAUCGUUUUUAUUUGCAUUUUUUUUAUUUUUAACUAUUUUGAUUUUCUUUUAAUGUCAAAUACUCAGUUUUUUUUGUCUGUUUUCUAAUUUGCUGGAGGUUUUGUUUUGUCUGUUUUCUAGAGCAACACGACUACAGAUGCUUUUACCAUAGUAGGUGAAAAUUCCAAGGCAAACAACUGUGUCCAUCACAUUAAAAAAAAUUUUUUUUUACAGCAGAUAAAGAGAACAGUAUUUUGAAUCAGUCCUAAAAUGAGAGCUCAAAAUCAGUGUUACCGGUGUCAGCAUUGCGUCCAUUGUUGCAUCAGCAUUGCUAAAUUUAAACGGGCAAAAGCGGCUUGUGUUAAAAAUGACAUGCAGUUUAAAUCUGUAGCCACCAGGCCUGAUUGGAAGUGAUUUGAUUAUGUGUGCAGUUGUCUUUUGGCAUGUCUGAACAAUUGUAAGAUUUUGUUUCUUUUGUUUCCUGCCAAAAUGAGUCAGUACAGUGAACAACCAGAAGGGACUUAAUCCUAAUUUGACAAAGAAAAAGGUAUUUGCCAGCGAAUGCCAUUCCCCAAAGUUUCUGCCUGAGUAUUUAACUAAAGUAUUGUGAAGAAACAGGAUUAUCGCCAUACGUGUAUGAGAAAGUGAAGUCAUUCAGGAAUAAUUCAGUGAACAGUCCUGUUUGAGGGGUUGUUUUUUUGUUAGUUUGCUUCACCUGUCCUGUACCCAGAAUGCACUGCACUGCAUUCAAGAUGCUGUGUCUCGUCAGGUAGAAACGCCGGCCGGGGAGACUGUGCACGUGUGAAAGCAGGACAAGGCCGUGUUUGGAAUCAGUGUUUGUUAUCCCACUGCAAAACCCCUCUCAAACUGAAACGAGGAUACACCCCCCCCCCGGCCGUAGCUGACCGACGCUGACAUUUUGAGUUUCUUGUAUUUCCGAGUUUGACAUUUUCAUCCUUAGCGGCAGCUCCAAUUAGCUGCUGUUUAUUGACAGGCAGAGCGCAGGACGAGGUGUAGGCCCUGCACCCCUCCCUGUUUUGUUGUCUGUUGCCUGUGAAGACUGGGGGUUCGGCUGAGGUACGUGAGCGGUUGUCUGUCUGGUUUAACGUUGAGUCGAACGGAAAAGCCUGCCCGCUCUGUAAUGGGCCCAAAUGAUGUGUAUAAACGGCAUUUCAUCCUUUUGUUUUAUAAAUCAUUUCUUUGCGGUGUCGGAAGGCGUUUACGCGCAAAUAAAUCCUUGUUUGGAGCUGUCGCUCGAGCGCGCGGUCGGCCCUUUGUUUUCACUGAGGCACACUUGCCUCUUAACUGUCCGUGAUGAACGCGGCAAGUGAAAUAUUUUCCGGGUUGGUUGUCCAUCAAGGACUUUGGAAGUGGGCAGUUUUUUUUCUUCUCGUUGCACCGUCAAUCUUAAUAACGGGUAACUGAAGAGUCAGCAGCGGUCUCGUUUGUGGGAUCGUCCAGGCCAGCAGUGCUCUGCUCUGACGCGUCCUUGUCCGCCACUGUCCUGUAUCGGCAGGCAUUUUAUUACAAGUUCAGCUCGUAAAAAAGCCUUGCGUCUGAGGAGGUGAAUAUGCCUGCGUAUACGCUAAAAGAAUGUCUUCUGGGACCAAAGUUCUGUCCACUUGUUUUUGGGUGCAGGGGACGACGGUUGCGAUGCGUUGUUUUCAUCUGGCGAAGUCUUUGCUUUCUUCUGGGCACGUUGAAAAGUCAAGCCAGACGAGCCCGCCUUGUUCUUUGGCUCUCAAUCUUACAAUCUUCUCCCAAGUCAUUUUGUGGUCAUUUUGUUGUCCUUAACAAAUUUUUAUUAACAAGGUAUUCGUUUUUAAAAUUAGUGCUCGAUAUCGUCCAUUUUCCGUGACAACCAAAUGUGUACACUUAGGAUGUACGAAUGCUUGAUUUUGUUUUAGACGAAGGGCUCUCACCAGUUAGGCCCUCACUGGUUUUAGACAAAGGGCCCUCACUGGGUAGAUUGUGCCCCAACCGCCCCCACCCAGUUACUGUGACACAUGGGUAACCACUUCAUAAGUGUUUCUUAAGUGUUCCGCUAUUUUCCCCAAAUGCGCCUUUUCCCUUUCGAGCAUUGGCGAGCGCCGAUCUAGACCGGUUCAUAAAACUCAUGCAACAAAAAAAAAAAAAACCGCAGGGAGUUGUGGUUCUGGUCUCGCAGUUCAUCCUACACUACACGCUGGCUCAGGGGCUCAUUGUUCCAGUGCGUUCUGUCGGGCAUUCAGGGGGAAGGCUCUGUCUUUGGAUGUAGCACUGACACAAUGCAAUUAUCUGUUCCUUUCACAUUUUAAAUUGAAGCUGAUUUAUUGUACCGGAUCAGGAAUGUAAUUAUGACUAUUGUAGCAUUAAUCUUGUCUUUAAUAUUAUUUCAUUUAAGUUAAGCUAUAUAUAUAUAUAUAUAUAUAUUAGUUAGACGUAAGUUUUGUGUGUGUGUAUGGGUUGAUUUUUUUAAUUUUUAAUUUUAUUUUUUUAAGUGUUCGGUUUUGAUUUGAUUUUUCUUUAUUUCAAGCACCACUGAUGGAAAGUUCUUAGCCCUAUAUAUUCAACUUUGCUGCUUGGACGUGCUAGUGUUCUUUAUCCAAGUUUAUUGUCUUAUUUGCAGGUGUCAUUUAAGUCAUUGAGUUUUUUGGUGACAAUGAUUAGAGUUUUGGGGACACGAGAUGGAUGUAAUGCAUUUCGGCGGCAGCAGUCUGUCUUGUGUAGUGUGCUCAACAUUUAUAAUUGGUGUGUAUUUCACUGUAAUGGUUUGUCUAACCAAUGUUUUUUUCUAUCAGUUGUAAAAUACACAAAUCACAUUGCCUUUUAAAGUGCAGUUUUCAUGUGAUGGUUUUCACGCUGUCCCACUGUCGUAUCAAUGUCCUGACAUCUUACGUCUAAAGUUGCGUACGUCAGUCCUGGUCUUUGUCCUCAGCUGUUGCGUCACUUUUCCAAGUUUGUGGCAUGCAUUUACAGAUUUAUUUACAAUGCAGUAUUUGUCCUCUACCACUGGUCAGACAAGUGUUAACGAGGUGUUAAUUAAACAGCGUCCAUGUAUUUGAAUUAUAACCGGUAAGGUAUAAAAUCCAUUAAAUAGCCCUUUUGAAGUGUGCUGGGAUACAGAUAAGAGAUUUGAACCAGGGCUGAUAUGAACCUCUGAGACCCCCUCCCCCCCCCCUCCUCCCAGGGAAAAGGGGUGCCAAGCGCAGCAUCUCCCUAAGAGCUGCCUCUCGCGUGCAUGACAGGUAGAGCCGAGGCACCUGCAGCUCUCUCGUAGACGUCUGAACAUAUCAGUAAAGGAGAGGGAACCUGUGUUCCAGAACGCACCCGGUUAACAGCGACGCGGCUAAAGCAGGUCACACGCGCGCGCGGUAUGAGUCUUCCUCUCGGCGCGUGAGUCAUCCAGCGCCGUAUAAACUAAAAGGCACUCCGCGCAGCUCCGCCGCAGUUGCUUUCCACUGUACUCACCGGCCUGAAUAAUUCAACGUUUUCUUCUGCGUGGCAGGCAGGCAGGAUGUUGGGUUGAGAUUAUAAAAGAUCUUGCUUGGCCCCUGAAUGGAUUUCUUUUCUUUUUUUCCCCCUUUCUUUCCCUUUUUCAGGUUUUUUAAAAGUUGUACUGGUUGAAUUGAACUGAACAAAAAGGUAGUACUUCCAGCCCAUAAUUAAUACACAGACCUAUAACAACCCUUCGGAAUAAAUAAUGCAUACACUUUAUUACGCUCUAAAAUAAGCCUCCAAAAGCUGAUUUGUCAUUGUCUUAUACGUGGAAAUGGCCCUUUUAAAUGUUUAAUGCUCUUAUAAGAUGUUCAGAUGAGUGCAUUUGCAAUCCCUCAUGCAAAAAAGGGUGUAUAAAAAAUUCUGUGCUUUUGAAACGUAUGUAUAAAUAGACCUUUACAUCUGUCUCUUGCAACUUUAAUGAAUCUCUUUCAUGAAUAUAAUUGAACACAUCGGCGCCUGACACUUGCGUCUCUAAACCAAGGUCACCUUGCCGGGUGUCUGGUAUGAACAAAGUAAAAACCUGUCCAAUAUAAAAGCAGCCUUUAUCAGCUACUCUGAAAAGGCAGUUACAGAUGAUACUGCCGCUCGCCCUGUCCUGAUUAACUGCCGUACCGCAUUUUCAAGCUACUAUUUGCAGUUUAACCGUUUUUGCUAUUGUUACGUGGACAAAAACUUGCGUUCCGUUUGAAGAGAAGACUGGCGUGGGCAAGAAUGGUUGAAAAUGUAGCUUCGUGUUCUUGAAUCUCGUUCAGAACGAGAGUUCGAAUCCUUACAUUUCGUUUGUAUUUUUGUCGUUACCCGUUAUGUAUUUUGGUAGCCCUGGCCACUGCCCUUCGUCGUUGAGCGCGCGCGCCACCUAACUGAAGAAUAGGCCUGGAAGGUCAUGAAUGAGAAACCGUAUCCCAGUGCGCCCCCUAAAACGUGCAAUAGAACUGAUUUUGAAAUGAUUGUAUAACUGCUCCCGAUGUCUUACUGCUUCAUUAUUCUUCCAUCACAAGUGUUGUGCAUUUUAUGUCCCGUCUUUCCCGUUAUUGUAUUUUCCACGUUUCCACUAAACUUGUAAAUUAUUGGCAAAAUGUGUCUGGAUUUCCCGGAACUUUUGUGCGCUCAUUAAAAAAAAAACUGCAGGUGAAAUUUACAGUACAUACAGUGAUUGUUUCCUCACGGGACGGUUUUGUUUGUGUGAAUUUUAAAGGGCACGAACACGACGACGACGCUGAUAUCUUUAAGUUGCAAUGGGGAAUGUUUUCCAUUGGUACCUUACGUCUACCUUUCGUUUAAGGAGAUUAAGGUAAAGAUUUUUGUAGUUCCGGUACGUUCUUCUGUACUCCGGUUGCACACACUCCAUGCCUGGGUUAACCGCCGCGAUCUGGUGCUUCUCUCUACCUGGGGAAAAUAUGUACGUUUGGGUUUUUGUCGUUGUUUAUUUUUGGUCCAUUCACUACACUCCCAGAGCUAUGUUGCAGUUCUUCCAUGGCUUUUAGAAUUUCCUUUGUUUUAUUUCAUCAGAAGCUUCCAUGAUUUUUUGUAGACGCACCUUGUAUGAUUUCGUUUCCUCACCAUAAAAUAAAAAAUAAAAAAAGAAAACACAAAAAAAGACUGUUAAAACCUGUACUAAUUUUAUUUUCUGAAUUUGUAAACUGAGGAUGUAUAUUUUAAAACAAAUAAAACUAUUUUAAACUUAAAA